AUGGCUGGAGAUCCUGCCACGCGUGCGGAAAUUGAGCAGCUGCGAGAUACUGGAGCUGUCAAGGACCUAAAACUACGCCUUCAAGCUCGCAUCCAAUUCGGAACGGCCGGCCUCCGGGGCCGGAUGGCAGCAGGAUUCUCGUGCAUGAAUUCUUUGACGGUUAUCCAGGCAUCCCAGGGUCUAGCCAGAUAUCUGAAAGACAAACAUGCCGACGUUGCAUCUGGCGGUGUGGUCAUUGGCCAUGAUGCUCGGUACAACUCGGCCAAAUUCGCUGCUCUGGCGGCGAAUGCUUUCAUUGCUCUAGAGAUCCCCGUUUGGUUCUACCCCCAGCCUUCGGUGACACCAUCGGUCCCCUUUGGUGUAACACACUUGCAUGCAGCAGCAGGAAUUAUGAUCACUGCAAGUCACAACCCAGCCCAGGAUAACGGCUACAAAGUCUAUUUCAAGAAUGGGGCUCAGAUCAACACCCCCAUGGAUGUAGAAAUCGCCCAAUCAAUCGAAGAAAAUUUGGUCCCUUGGGCUGGUGCCUGGAAGGAACAGCAACCCAGCGAAUAUCUCCACACUGAUGCGUACCAGAGGAUCCUGCCAGAAUAUACAAAGAAAGUCUGGAAUUAUGCUAAAUCCACCGUAACCGAAUGGGGACCUCCGAGCCCUUUUGUGUAUACUCCGUUGCACGGGGUUGGUGGCUUGGUUUUCCCGGAUCUGUGUCAGUCUGUGGGAAUCAACAAUCUCUCCCCCGUAGCAGAACAGAUUCAGCCCGAUCCAGACUUCCCCACCGUAUCAUUCCCAAAUCCCGAAGAAGCUGGGGCCUUGGACCUUGCCAUGCAAACGGCCUAUAAGGAGGGGAAAUCUCUCAUUGUUGCCCAUGAUCCAGAUGCGGACCGGUUUGCGGCAGCUGAGAAAGUCAAUGGUUCUUGGUUCCCUUUCACGGGAAAUCAUGUCGGAGUACUCCUGGCAUCUCAUCUCUUUGAGUCUCUGGAGGGCCGAGAGGAUAAGUCCCGUAUUGCCGUCCUGAACUCCACAGUCUCCACGGGCAUGCUGGAGAAAAUGGCAGCAGCCAAAGGUAUACGUUUCCAGGAAUCAUUGACGGGCUUCAAAUGGAUGGGUAAUAUCUCGCGGAAGCUUGAGGACGAAGGAUACUACGUUCCGUAUGCCUUUGAAGAAGCCCUUGGCUACAUGUUUUCGGAGGUCUGCUACGACAAGGAUGGCAUUACUGCCGCAAUGGUCUUCCUGUCAGCGGAGGCAAAAUGGAGAUCCCAGGGGCUCACGCCCUACACAAAAUUACAGCAACUCUUCAAGGAGUUUGGUCACUUCGAGACUCUCAACACCUAUUUCCGAUCUCCCAAUCCAGCUACGACGGCUAGCUUGUUCAAAGCCAUCAGGGGCGGGCCCUACCAGUCCGAGAAAUCUCUAGGGUCAUUUAAGAUAUUGAGAUGGCGAGAUAUGACGGAAGGCUACGAUUCGGGGACCCAAGACAACAAACCGACGCUGCCUGUGGACAGUUCCAGUCAUAUGUUGACCUUGUGGCUUGAUCGGGAUAUCCGGUUCACCAUCCGAGCCUCAGGCACAGAGCCCAAAGUAAAGGUGUACAUUGAAAGCUGCGGUGCAUCUCGCGAACAGGCCACGGCUGCUGUUUGUGAUACUUUCCUGGCCGUGUUGAAGGAAUGGAUCCAGCCUUCUGCCCCGUCAAUGACAUAUAGCAAACAGCUGCCCACCUCCUCUGGACAUGUAUACACGGUUCCAGAAUGUCAGGCAAGGAUGAUGGUACUAUGGAGAGCAAACAACAUCAACCACCACGGCCACCAAUCUACCAACCCCCACCACCCCAGUAUGACCCCCGCCACGAGGAUGGAGACGACACCUGCUUUUGCUGGUUCCGGCAACAAAAUGGGCCCCCGCAUCGACCCGCUCGUGUCGCGUUCGAACGUGGCCGCAACGAUAGCCCCCAUCCAUGUCGUCGAGGACGGUCUCGCCGCAGACGCGAUGACCGACGGACUCCCUCCCGAGGACCCCACCACGACAGCGACAGCGACAGCGACGGCAACCACAAUAGUUGCUGCUACCAAAGCCAAGGCAUCCGUCGACGACCUAGCCAUAGCCGUCGACGUGGCCAUCACGACCACCGUGACCGCGAUCGAGAUCGUGACCACCACCACAAAGCCCCAGCGCAGAUCCAAAUCCAAACCCAAGGCCAAAACCAAGAGCAAACCCAACGACAGGAAAUCCACCAUCACCACCACCGCGCUCGGAGUCCCCCCUAUCGGCCACCUACUCCUGCUCGGAGACGUAGCCGUGGUCGCGAUGAUCGUGAAUAUGACCACGAUCACGAAUGUAACAGGUAUCGUCCCCCUUGCGCAGAUUUCUCACCCCCUCAUCGGCCUUGACAAAAGUCUCAUGUUCACGCUCAUAGGCAUCCGAUGUACGGCCCGACUGCGCCGCUUAUUGUGA